AUGGCGGAACCAGCUUCAUUGCCCGUGAUUGAUAUUGCGCCUUACCUAGACCCCGAAUCAUCACCUGCUCAACGCGCAGCGACGGCCAAAGCUGUUGACAAUGCCUGUCGUGAAUAUGGCUUCUUCUACCUCGUUGGGCAUGGAAUAGACGAAGAUCUGCGACAGGAGAUGCUCCGCUUAGGCCAUGAGUUCUUCUCCUUGCCUAAGGCCGAGAAGGAACAAAUCUCUAUCUUCAACAGCAUGGAUCGGGUCCGCGGAUAUGGUCGACUUGGGGAGAAUGUGACCUCUGGGAAAAGAGACGUCCUUGAGGGAUACGAUAUAUAUCGAGAGUACCCCGACCCUUCUUCGGAGAUGCUCCGAGGUGCGCAAGUGUGGCCCUCACGACCAGCCUCCCUCAAGCCAACGGUCCUCCAUUACGUUUCAAAGUUGAUACCGGUCGGGAAGGCAUUAAUGCGAGCUAUGGGAGAUGCCCUGGGAGUAGAAAACGGAGCAGAACGUUUUGAGGAGAUUGUAAAGGAUCCUUUCUGGGGCCUGAAAUUCAACGGCUAUCCUCCUCUCUCAACACCCGACCUCUCGGAACAGGAGAAAGGCAUCUCUUGUGGCGAGCAUACAGAUUAUGGAGGCCUGACGUUUCUCCUCGCUGAUGAUCAUAUCAAAUCUGCUUUGGAGGUAGAAACUAAGGAUGGAGACUGGAUCAAGGCUGAUCCCCUCCCGGGAGCUUACGUUGUGAACAUUGGUGAUAUGGUAAAUGUUCUCACAAACAACCGUUACACUGCCACCGUCCAUCGAGUCAUCCACCGGGGCGACACACAUCGGGUUUCAAUUCCUUUCUUUUUUGAGCCAUCUCUUACGACCUUGAUAAAACCACUGGAGGGCUGCGGAGACGACAGUAAUAAUCCAAGGGAUGCGGCAAGCUACUACGAGCAUAUGUGCCACAUGCUUUAUGAUGGACGAUUUGUAGAAAGUGGCAAAGAAGUAACGGAGGUGCUGGUGAACGAAAUAUCGCUAAGGGGUUGA